GCAUUGUCUUUUGGGCAGCGUGAGUUCGUCCGCUGGAUGCCCAUGAACCCCGAUAGUGUUUUCGAGAACGGCCUGUCUUGUGCUGGCCCUUGUGCGGACGGUUGCGACGAGACCGACCCGCUCUAUCUGGAGUUGGCUGCUAUCGAGGACUCUGCGCCCGACCUCAACGCUGACGAAUACGACUUCGACACUGCGGCUGACGCCCUUCCCGGCUUCUGCCCGACGGGCGCCGACAACCUCCUAGAGCCGUUCGUGGUCAAUUCUAUCGACUACGUCUUCGACGCCAGCGCCGAGCCUGUAUGGACCGAGUUCUACCCUGGGCAGCACGACCACAUCGAUGACGCGGUGGGCUCAGACGACGAGACGACGCUGCCGACGCACUUGCCCGAGCCGCUGGAGUACCUCUGCUUCUUCUCCCUGGCCAUGCGUAUGGUGCGGCUGAAGAUCUCGCCGAAAUUCUUCCUGCGUGAGUUCGUCCGCUGGAUGCUCAUGAACCCGGGCUGCGUCUUCGAGCAUGGUCCGCCUGGUGCUGACCCUUGCGAGGACGACUGCGAUGAGACCGGCCCGCUCUGCCUGGAGCUGGCGGAGCUCAAGGACGCGGCGGCGGACCUCAACAUUGACGAAUCCGACUGCGGCGCUGCGGCUGCCGACCCCCCCGACUUCUACCAGUCGGGCGCCGACCACCUCCUCGUGCCUCUCGCGGACAGCUCUUGCGACCAGAACAGCUACGACUGCUCUGGCUCCCUCGAC